CUUUUGUCAUCUUGGAAGUUUCCACCUUCCCAUUUACAGACUGACAUAUAACCGUGAAUGUCUGAGUCGAGCGGUCACCCGGGAAGAAUGGGAUGCGCGGUUGUUUCUUAUGCGUUAUUUGCACUUAAGACGAACUAGUUUUAAUUUUUAAGUACCUUUCUUCGAUGAUUUAAUCGCUAUUGACAAACAUGUCGGCCGCCGAGGGCGCUCACAGCCUGGACCAGCUGAGCAGAUUUGAGAAGCUGUCAGGGAGUCCUCCGCUCAGAGUAGCAGGCUCUAAGAAGAAGGUUCGCUGGCUGCAGGCUCGACGAGUCCUAACCCAGCCUUGCCCCAGUCUACGGAUUCCAAACAGGUUUUUAAGAGAAGGUCACCGAUUACCCCCAGCCCGCAGCGGACACCGCUGCGUCGCCGACAACACUAAUCUGUACGUGUUUGGAGGCUACAACCCGGACUACGAUGAGUCGGGAGGCUCCGAGAACGAGGACUACCCACUCUUCAGAGAGUUGUGGAGGUACCACUUUGCCACAGGGACGUGGCAGCAGAUCCGCACUGAAGGCUACAUGCCCACCGAGCUGGCCUCCAUGUCAGCUGUUUUGCAUGGUAACAACCUGCUCGUGUUUGGUGGCACUGGAAUCCCAUUCGGGGAAAACAACGGCAACGAUGUUCAUGUCUGCAAUGUUAAGUACAAGAGAUGGUCAUUACUCAACUGCAGGGGGAAGAAACCCAAUCGAAUAUAUGGACAGGCAAUGGCCAUCAUAAACGGCUUCCUCUAUGUGUUCGGGGGGACAACAGGCUACAUCUAUAGUACAGAUCUCCACAGGCUGGACCUCACCACGCGUGAGUGGAUACACCUAAAGCCCAACAACCCCCCGGAUGACCUUCCAGAGGAACGAUACAGACAUGAAAUAGCCCACGAUGGACAUAGGAUCUACAUCCUGGGAGGGGGAACGUCUUGGACAUCCUACCCUUUAGACAAGAUUCAUGCGUAUAAUCUUGAAACGAAUUCAUGGGAAGAGAUCAUAACACGGCCUCAUGAGCGAAUAGGCUACCCAGCUCCCAGGAGAUGCCAUAGCUGUGUGCAGAUUAAAAAUGAUGUUUUUAUAUGCGGAGGCUACAAUGGCGAGGUGAUCCUGGCGGACCUGUGGAAGAUCAACCUUCAGACGUACCAGUGGAUCAGGCUUCCUGCAGUCAUGCCUGAGCCAGCAUACUUCCACUGUGCUGCUGUCACCCCGGCUGGAUGCAUGUAUAUCCAUGGUGGUGUGGUGAACAUCCAUGAGAACAAGAGGACUGGCUCUCUGUUUAAGAUCUGGCUGGUGGUGCCCAGCCUACUGGAGCUGUGCUGGGAGAGACUCCUGAAAGCCUUCCCCCACCUGGCUCACCUGUCCGCCAUGCAGUUGCUCAACCUGGGCCUCACACAGGAACUCGUCGAACGCUUAAAAUAAAUAGCAGGCGUGUGUGUGUGUGUGUGUGUGUGUGUGUGUGUGUGUGUGCGCGCGCUUUGGAACUGAGGAUGUGGGAAGAGCAGCUGAGCCAGUGUCUGGACACACAGAGCACAGGAUGGAUUUCUAAAGAACCCUUCCUCAUCUGGAGUAUGCCCUAAGAUGUAGCCUGCCUUAAAACCAAAAACUAUGGGAUGCCUUUCUUUUUUUUUUUUUUUCCCUUUUGUGUAUGCACUUUUAACGAUUUAAAAUGUCAAGUGGAAUGUUUCACAUCUUUUUCCCGUUCUUCUGUACAGAAACAAGUCAGUGACCCUAAAAAUGUGCUUUUUAGGACCCCUUUUAUUUUACUGGCCCUUACCAAAGGGCUGCAUGUUUGACACUGACACUUUUUAAAAAAUAUAUAUAACAAAUUUAAUUUCUUAUUUUCCCAUAAUUUAAGACUUGUUUAUUCUUUAUGGGUCUUGAAACAUUUAGGUGAGAAUGAGGUGUCUUGAUUGUGAAGAAAAUGUGCUGUGAUCCACUCGCCAUCCUGGACCAGUUUGGCUGUGCAGACUGUUUUGGUCAGGACGUCACUAGAAGCGCGUUAUACAGGACCUUGAUGGAGAAGCUUUCUGUGAAAGUUGAAACAUUUGUGGUAGUGUAGUGGACGUUGUACCUGAUCUGUCAGUUAGCUGGUGGAGUGGUUGCUUCUCUUUCCCUGUAUGAUGCCCAGUGUACAUGUGAUGUAACUGAUGCUGUGUGUUCAACCAACAACAUGUAGACACGCUGCAUUCAACACUCACAUGUUGGGGGUUUUGUUUGUUUUUUUUGUUAAUUUUGUAGAUGAGGACACUUGAAACAAAGAAAUAAGAUAUUCUUUUUAUUGGGUGUUUUCCUGCUCUUCUGUUCAUUUGUGUAACAAAUUAUUAUUUUCACUGUGAAUGAGGUGCUCUCUUACUUUUUAAUUCUUUUAUUGAAAUAAAAUGUUUGUUUUCUUGCCAACACUAAAUACCCCUCAUAAAUUAUGGCAUUAGGUAAUUGCGUUGUUUGAGUGCCUUUUCUUGGAACAUCUGAUUCUGCUCAAUUUACAUUCUUUGGCCACAAGCCUUGCUGGAUGCACUUUACUAAAUCUGCUCAUUAAAACCAUAUCUUCUAAAACCAUAUGUAAUCUAGGUGUUUAGAACAGUCAAUCAGUUGACUUUUCUUACUAAACUUUAAGACAAAGGUAAUUCCUGAUGUGAGCAUGUGUGUAAGGUACAUUUAUUUAUAUGGGGUCUUAUUUUCUGUACAUAUACAGGCUGUGCUGAAUCCUCUGAUUGGAAUUAGCAAUAAUACAUUAAAGAUUCAUGUUUUACGAUACUUAAUAAUAAAGCGCUUUUUGUCACUCAGAGCUUGGUACUCACCCUUUGACAAUGCCAAAUACAGCAGGUUUUGUUCUUUACAUAUAUUAUACUUUUGAGUGCUGUAUACUGCAUGGCUGAUAAGUUAAACAAUUUGGCACCAGCAGUUCAUGUGACAGUUCACAACGUGGAAAAUAUUCAUGCCCUGAUUCUUCUUACAAUCUCUGGCUUGUGAUUGUGUUCUUUUAUAUCAUAAUCAAAACGUCUGGUGCUGAGCACCAGCGAGGCCAUAUUGUGUCUCCCUUUUAUUCCUGAUUGGUUCUAUAUCACCAGAACACCGCACAGAACCAGUUCUGAACAUCUGCUGUACCAAACCUAUUUGAACUGCUUGUAUAUCAAACAAUGCUGAGAGAGAUGCCGUUUCCUUUACAUUCAGAUUGGGUUAUGAACAGACUCACUGGAGUAAUAUCCCUGUCGUGCUGCAAAUGGUUUUAAGGCAGUUACUGAUCACCUGUGCUAGUGUAGCCAUUUUGUGUUUUCAUCGUUGGGAAAAUAAAUAAAUUUGC